CUCUGGGGGCGUGGCUUCCGGCGCUCCUUGCUUGCAAGUAGCCGCGGCUUAGAGCGCAGGCGGCAGCUGACAGGCGCUUUUUCUUCAGACGGCUGCGGCUGGAGCCCAGCGAGGCGGGCGGCCCCCUGCUCUCGUCCCCGUGUCCCGGCCCGCGAAGUUCCAGGGCGCCGGGGCAUGGAAGAGGGGAAGAUGGACGAGAAUGAAUGGGGUUACCACGGCGAAGGCAACAAGAGCCUUGUGGUGGCCCACGCGCAGCGCUGUGUAGUUCUGCGUUUUCUGAAGUUUCCUCCAAAUAAGAAGAAGACCUCAGAAGAGAUACUUCAGCAUCUGCAGAACAUCGUGGACUUCGGCAAAAAUGUCAUGAAAGACUUUCUGGGGGAGAACUAUGUUCAUUGUGGGGAAGUUGUUCAGCUGCCUUUAGAGUUUGUGAAACAACUGUGUUUAAAAAUACAGUGUGAAAGACCAGAGUCUCGUUGUGACAAGGACCUGGACACACUCAGUGGUUAUGCCAUGUGCCUUCCCAAUUUAACCAGACUUCAGACCUACCACUUUGCAGAGCACCGGCCGAUUCUGUGUGUAGAGAUUAAGCCAAAGUGUGGGUUUAUACCUUUCUCGAAUGACGCUACCCAUGAGCUGAAACACAAGGUGUGCCGAUACUGCAUGCACCAGCACCUCAAGGUAGCAACUGGAAAGUGGAAGAAAAUAAGUAAAUACUGUCCUCUCGACCUCUACUCAGGAAACAAGCAGCGUAUGCACUUUGCCUUGAAGAGUCUGCUGCAGGAGGCGCAGAACAAUCUGAGGAUAUUUAAGAACGGCGAGCUGAUUUAUGGUUGUGGUGAUGCCCGGAGUCCUGUGGCUGACUUGAAGGAACUUGCACACCACCUGAAGCCUUUCUUCUUCCCUUCCAAUGGCUUGGCCAGUGGGCCUCACUGCACGAGGGCUGUGAUCCGGGAGCUGGUGCAUGUUAUCACCAGGGUGCUGCUGAGCAGCUCAGACAAAGGCCGAGCAGGUGCCCUGAGGCUUGGGCUCCAGGGCCCACGUGUCUGUGAAGCCAGCCCUUUCAGCAGGAGCCUACAUCACCAAGGAAAAAACACCCCAGAGCACUCGGGGUUACCGAAGGGCUGUCUUCUGUACAAAACCCUCCAGGUGCAGAUGUUGGAUCAGCUGGACAUCGAGGGCCUCUACCCUCUAUACAACCGGGUUGAGCGCUACCUGGAGGAGUUUCCUGAAGAGAGGAAAACAUUACAGAUAGAUGGGCCUUAUGAUGAAGUAUUUUACCAGAAGCUGCUUGAUCUGUCUACUGAGGAUGAUGGGACAGUGGCCUUUGCGUUAAGGAAGGUGCAGCAGUACCGAGUAGCCAUGACCGCCAAGGACUGUUCCAUCAUGAUCGCACUCUCCCCUUAUUUACAGGGCACAAGCUCUGACCAGAGGCCUGUUAUCCCUUCAUCAAGGUCCCGGCUGGCCUUCUCUGUGUCUGUACUGGACCUCGACCUCAAGCCCUAUGAGAGCAUUCCUCACCAGUAUAAACUAGACAGCAAGAUAGUCAACUAUUACUCAAAGACUGUGCAUGCCAAAGACGACACUGUGAGGUCGACUCGGUUCAAGGAACACGAAGAUUGCACAUUAGUUCUCCACAAGGAGGCCAGAAGGAGUGUCAGGACUUUCUGGGAGAUGCUGCCAUGCAGACAAGGUGGGUAGCUUUGGAUUGGGCUGUGUCUCAUGCUGUCUUGGGCCAUCUUGAUGUGAAGUUGGAGGCACAGCUCUUCUACACUCAUUUGAGAAUGGAUAACCAUUCUUGGAACAUUUUCUCAAAUGUUAAACUUAUUUGUACAAAACAUUAUUACAUGUUGCUUUUAACAUAUCUGAAAAGCUUUAUUUUUAUGCCGUGGAAGUUCUAUGUAAUGUACCACUAGUGUACACAAAAGCAUGUUCGAAGGAUGUGGUUUCUAAUUGGAAAAGAGCAAAUGUUCAUACUUAACGUAAGUCACAUGUUCCUCAGCCCAGCAUCUUAUUCCUAUAUGCUUGCCAGCAGGAGACUAGUCAUUUUCCACACAAAGCAAUUUUAUCAGGCUGUCUAGAGCAGCUUCAAUUCCAAGUACUCCUAGCAGGCUUCGGAAACUAAGAGGAGCAGUUUCUAUGACCCUGUUCUUGUCCAGAUCCAGGGCUGUGAAGAAAACACAUUUGGUAAGAAACCUUAUAGUGUCUGUCUAAUAAGACCUUUCCUCCCCCAACAGCCACACAUGAGAUGCUCUAGAGACAGGGUGCAGAAGACCAAGGAGCGCGGUCACCUGUAAUUUGAGGACAGUAGGCCCGUCUCAUGUGCUGUCUGGGUACUUAUUGAUUAAAGUACAUUAAAAGGUGAUCUACAAAGUACAUUAAUGACCAUUUCAACUUCUGAUUCUUCCCAUGUAAACUCUUUGUUGGGUAUACUGAGAAGUCUUCUGGAAAGGGUAUCCAUGCAACGGAGACCUACCUCUCUCUGGGACUUUGGUGAGAAGAUCCAGCUUCGGGAAAACCUUUCCUUCCUCAUCUAUUUGUAUCCUCCAAACAAUCACCAGUUCAAACCUGAAAAAAAGGCAAUGUUUGGUGCUCUUGGAAUUUUGAAAGAUUAGCCUCUGAGCAUGUGGUCUCUGCUGGCCAGGCUCACCUUCUCCUAAGGACCUCUCCCCACAAAGGAAGGUGUGUGAUUAGUUCCAUAGGACAGUUUGCAAACUUGGGCCACAGCAAGAAGCUUUGUACCCACACCAUGGCAAAUAUCGAUAUGAUAAGUAAUGAGACAGGCAACAGGAUGUUCCUGUGGUAGUGUUGGGGCAGUAUACUUUGAAAAUGAUCUGAAAUUGAUAGAAAGCUGCACACACAC